UCUUCCUUCUUCUCUUUUGUUUUCUGUUGUAUACAUGCCAAAACCCAUCGCCUUCUGAUUGCAGUACAGCCUUCAACAAGCUCUCCAAGAUCCAAAUUCAUUUACUCGCAGGCUAUUCGGUGGAUGAUACUGUAAUGGGGAGGAAAGGCAACUGGUUAUCUUCCAUUAAAAAAGCUUUGAGUCCCAGCUCAAAAGAAAAGAGAAGCCAGAAAUCAAGGAAGAAUGCGUUUGCGGAUGAAAAAGCUUCAGAACCACCUGUUGCUUCCAUUGCAGAACCUGUUAAUUCUCAUCAGCUUCCUCCACCAGAAGAAGUGAAACCAAUUGAGGUGGAGGAUGAGCAGCAGACAAAACACGCUUAUUCCGUUGCAGUUGCUGCCGCUGCCGCUGCUGAAGCUGCUGUGGCAGCUGAAGCUGCUGCCACCGCAGCUCAGGCUGCUGCUGAGUCUGUUCGACUUGCAGAGUUGACUCGGUAUUCAGGAAAAUCAAAGGAGGAAGUAGCUGGUAUCAAAAUUCAAACGGCUUUUCGAGGGUAUUUGGCAAGGAGGGCAUUGCGAGCAUUACGAGGGCUUGUGAGAUUAAAAACACUGGUCGAAGGUCCUGCUGUUAAACGGCAAACAACAAACACACUCAAAUGCAUGCAAAACUUAUCUCGUGUGCAGUCUCAAAUCAAUUCUAGAAGGAUCAGGAUGUCGGAGGAGAAUCAGGCGCUUCAAAAACAACUCCUUCAGAAACGGGCAAAAGAAAUCGAGAGCUUGCAGAUGGGAGAUGAAUGGAACGAUAGCCUGCAGUCGAAAGAAGAGAUCGAGGCAAAGCUAUUGAGCAAAUACGAAGCUACUAUGAGAAGAGAAAGGGCAAUGGCAUAUUCGUUUUCUCAUCAGCAACCAUGGAAGAAGUCAUCGAGGGCGACGAACUUGCUCUUCAUGGAUCCCACGAAUCCUCAAUGGGGUUGGAGCUGGUUAGAGAGAUACAUGGCGGCCCGGCCAUGGGAGACACGGGGCGAGAAAGACCCCGGAAACGAUCAUGCAUCCGUUAGAAGUGGUGGUAUCAGCAUCACUGGGAGCGAAAUUGCAAAGUCGUAUGCCCGUCACCAACUUAACUCCACACCUUCAACCCCUCAGUCAAAAGCAGGCAUUCCUAUUGGCUCACGGAAAUUCAAGCCUGUUCCAAGCCCAAGAGGGUUAGGGUCUGGCCCAGAUGAUGACUCGAGGAGCGUUUUUAGUGUGCAGUCCGAGAAGAAUAGGAGGCAUAGCAUUGCAGGGUCGUCGGUGAGAGAUGACGAGAGCUUGGCUAGUUCUCCAUCAAUUCCAAGUUACAUGGCACCUACUAAGUCCGCAAAGGCCAAAUCACGGGGACAGAGCCCGUUAGGCCCGGUGGAGAUGAACGAUGGGAACACCCCGGAAAAGGGGACGGGAUUGAAUGCAAAGAAACGGCUUUCGUUUCCAGCAUCACCAGCCAGGCCGAGGCGUCAUUCGGGCCCACCGAGAGUAGGAAGCAGCGUUGCGAUUGGUGUGGAGCAGAAUGCAAGUACUGGUGUGGUGAGUUGAGUUGAGGGAAGAAAGUAUUGUGUAUUAUUUAGUAAACUGGAUAACUGAUAAGGUCUAAAUUAAGAAAAAAGUAAAAAAAAAAUGAUUUGUUUGUGAUUUAAGUAAGUUACUUGAUUGAGAGGUGAAAGGUUUAAGGUUUAAGGUUUAAGGUUUGUGUUGGAAUGAAUUCUUUCUUUUGUUUGUUUGUUCGUUUGUUGGUGUUUUGUGUGCAUUUCAAAGUGAAUGUUGAUUUGAUUCUCACAAUUUCUUGCU